AUGGACAAAGAAACAAAUAUUUCUUCCAAUGGCAUUGGAUGCCUAUUUUGGCAUCACACCCGGCAGAGGCAGCGGCAGGAGCGGCGGAGCCUGAGGAGGAUGCGAAGUUUGCGCUGGCUGCUGCUGCUGCCGCUGGUUACGGGAAUCCAUCCRGAAUGCAAAAUAUUCCAGCAGGUGGUCAAAGAGGAGGCUCUGUGCUUGGAGCACAACGAAUCUGCCUCAYCUGAGCUUAAAGGAUGUGCCAGAGAUUGGGAUGGUUUAACCUGUUGGCCCAGAGCCACUUUUGGGGAAGUGGUUAAAAUUCCCUGCCCACAAUUCUUUGAAGAAUUCACCAGUACACAUGGUUUCCUUCAGAGGAACUGCACCCAGGAGGAGCAUUGGUCUGAGCCAUUCCCACCCUACACCGUGGCCUGUGGGUUUGAUGAAGGUUCCAGUAAAGGACCUGAGGAGCAGAAAUCCUAUUAUUCUGCAUUUUGGCGUGUCUACACAGCCGGCUACGCGGCAUCGGUGACUUCGCUCAUUACGGCUCUAAUUGUCUUUGCUGCCUUCAGAAAAUUCCACUGCACCCGGAAUUACAUCCACAUGCACCUGUUUGUCUCCUUUAUCCUGAGAGCRAUCGCUGUUUUCACCAAAGAUGCGGUUUUGUUUGCAGAUGAAACUAUGGACCACUGCCUGAUGGCCACGGUUGCCUGCAAGGCUGCUGUGGCUUUCUUCCAGUUCAGUAUUUUGGCCAAUUUCUUCUGGCUUCUGAUCGAAGGGAUCUACCUGCAAACCCUGCUGCUGCUGACCUUCGUUUCCAACAAGAAGUUUGUGUGGUGGUUCAUAUUCACUGGCUGGGGAGCUCCCACUGCUGUGAUGUUCACUUGGGUCCUCACACGAAUCCAUCAACAAAACACUGGGUGUUGGGAUGAUGAUGAAAAUGGAGUUGUCUUGUGGAUCAUCAAAGGCCCCAUUCUGCUGACUGUAUUAAUUAACUUUAUUAUAUUUAUUAAUGUGAUCAGGAUUCUAGUCCAUAAAUUGAAAUCCCAAGAGGGAGGAGGGAGUCAUUCAAGUCACUUUGUGCGACUUGCAAAGUCCACGUUGCUUCUGAUCCCCCUCUUCGGGGUGCACUACAUCGUAUUUGCGUUUUUCCCAGAGAGCACUGGUCUGGAAGCUCGGCUGUACAUCGAGCUGGGCCUGGGCUCUUUUCAGGGUUUUGUUGUUGCUCUCCUAUAUUGCUUCUCAAACGCAGAGGUUCAAACUGAGCUGAAGAAGCAGCUGUGCAAGUGGCAGUACCAGGAAUACCUGACCUUCACCCACAAACAGGGCACUUUGUCCCGAGAAACCAGCCCAGUCAACUACGUCACGCAGUUAUCCCUGCUGGACAAAAUCAGCCCCAAAAGGAGAACCUCCCUCUUCCAGGAUGGGGUCACCACUGUCUGAGCUCUCCCAACAGGACAAGUUGCUGUGACAUUGCCAUGUCCCAUCUAAGAGGGGGCC